AUGUUGAUCAUGUCAGAGUGUGGAGACAAAAUUUUUGUAGCGCCACUUGCAACUGUUCGUGGGAGAGCGUCACAACAAGGACCAAAAACAGGCGUCUAUCCCAAGUCAAUAAAAUUAUCUGAUAACAGUAAUGUUGUUCAUUGUUCGUUCGAAAAUCUCCAACCUGAAAAUUUCAGAUCAAUUCAACAUAGUCUCUCGAAUUUGUACCAUAUCAGCAAAUUUACUUCAAUAUCAACCGAUAAAUUUGAAUUUAUUUGUUCAAAAACCGUAGCUAAUCAGAUAUGUGAAGAACUAGAUCAACAUGUGGGAAAUUGUUCCAAUAUCUGGUUUUGUGCAGACGCGAGUCAGUCUAGAAAUAAUGAUGGAAAACGAAAUGAGAUGAGAUUAAGUGGCUUUCGAUGCACGUUUGGCUCUUUAUUAUCUACGGAAAAAUUUACCAUACAUGACGUUAUUGACUAUGACGUUAUGGAAGAAUGGUUACUGGAAAUUAAGGGCAACAACAUGACACUCAACUAUUUGCAAGGGAAAGGAGACAAAUUAAUAUUUACAUUGCCGAUAGAUCAACUGCAUACGAGAUUAUUGGUUAUCAGCAGUGAAAUGUAUGACGAUGUGAUAUUUAGUUGUCAGACAGUAAUGGAUGUUAAACAAAUAUGUGAUAAAAUGAAAAAAAAAAUAUGCGGUGAUGAAGAUUGUGGUAAAAUAUUAUCUCGAUGCAAUGACUUUUACUUAACAAUCAAUGACAGACGUAACUUAAAAGAACUAGUCGAUUAUUUUGGAUACCAACAGAAGUUUCAAAUAUUUUAUACAACGAUUAAUAUUCAAUUGUGUCCACAAAUAACAUCAAAAAAUGAUUAUUUUCUACCAUAUGAAUUUUCUUAUGACGCUUCAUAUUCCAUAUACAUGUUAAAUUCAUUAGGCUAUAUGUUCGAAGAUAGAUAUCGUAUAUCACUAGAAUUACAGCAUACAAUGUUAACGAUGGCACAAGAGUGCGAUAAAACAUUUUAUCAUUUAUCGUUAGAAGCUUGUGAAAAAUUAGAAAGCAAUCAUUCUUAUAAUUUGUUAGAAACAUUUAAUAAACAUAUUUUUUUAAAAUUAAAAGAACAAAUUAAUAAAUUAGAGAAUAGAAAACAAGAUGUCUAUGAUAUUGGAAUGGUUGUUGUCACACCGAUGCGUGUCAUUUUUAAGAAAAAAGUAUUGUCGAUGGGUCAUCGUGCAUUGAGAGAAAAAGAACUUGGUGGCAAAACAAAUUUUUUACUGGUAUAUUUUAAAGAAGAAUAUCGUCAAUAUCUUGAUUGUGAUGAAAGAACAAAAUCUUAUUAUAAUAAGAUUUUUGAAAAUGGUAUUGAAUUAAAUGGAGGACGAUUUUAUUUUUUCGGAUCAUCAAAUAGUCAGAUUCAAGAUAUGUCUUAUUGGUUUUUUCGUUGUGCUAAUUUUGAUGAUAUUAUAUUGGCUAGACGAAUAUUAGGCAAUUUUGAUAAAAUUGAAAAUUUGGCUCUGUAUAUAGCUAGAAUUGGAUUAUAUUUCACAAAAACAAUAACAACGGGGAUUGAACUUUUUUAUUGUUCAAAUGAGGAAGCGUUUAAUAUUGAAGUCAAAUCUGGUAAACCGUGUGUUAUGUUGAUACCUGAUAUUAAAAAUAACGAAUAUUGUUUUACAGAUGGAUGCGGUUUAAUGUCGAAAGGUCUAGCACAUGAAAUAGCUACAAGAUUGAAAUUAUUGACGAAUGAUGAGAUAAAGGAACAGAUUUCAUUUGGACCAUCAGCCUAUCAAAUCCGUUUAGCUGGUUGCAAAGGACUUCUAAUUGUCGAUCCAAAAUCAACUAUAAAUGAAUAUUAUGCCAAAAUUCGUGAAUCAAUGAGAAAAUUUGACUCCAAUAAUUGGAUAAUAGACAUUUGUGAUAAUGGUGUUAGCAAAGCAAGACCAACUCGACUAAAUAAUCAGAUUAUAAUGAUAUUGUCUGAUCGUGGCGUAAAAAAUGAAACAUUUUUAAAGAUUCAACGAGAUUAUUUUUCAAAAAUUGAUGCAUCAACAAAUAGUUACGUACGAAAGCAAACAAUUCCAAAUGUUCUGAAGAAUCAGAUUCCAUUACCAGAUAACGAAUGUCGAUAUAUGUUUGGCUGUUCAUUAGAAUCGGCACUACAAUAUGGACAAUGCUACAUACGCUAUGAAGUAUUAGAUAGUGACACAACAAAAAAAUACGAAUGUGUUAGAGGGCGUGUUAUAGUCACAAAAAAUCCUUGUCCAUACGCUGGUGAUAUACUUGAAUUAUGGGCUGUUGACUUAGAAGAAUUAGAGUGUUUACGUGAUGUUAUUGUUUUUCCAGCUAAAGGUGAACGACCUCAUCCGGAUGAAAUUGGUGGUAGUGAUCUUGAUGGUGAUGGAUACUUUGUUUAUUGGGGAAAAGAUUUAAUUCUUACGAACAGAAUCAAACCAUUAGAUUAUCCACCGCCAGACAAAAAGAACCAUCCCCAUCCAAUUAUGCCGUUGGAUAUCGUCAAGCAUAUCGUAUCCAGCCUUGGAUCAUCAGCAAGAGGCGAGAUAUUCAAUUUACACUUGACAAUUGCCGAUUUGAACGAAGAUAAUUUACCAUCACGAACGUGUUCUCCAUUAUGUAUUGAACUAGCUAAACUUUUAUGUACAGCGAUUGACUCGUCGAAAACGGGCAUAGUUAUUGAUAUGAAAUAUAUUCGAUUACUGAAACAAAAAUAUAAAAAGUAUCCGGAUUUUAUGCAGAAACAACCAUCAUAUGAGUCACAAUCAAUAUGUGGUAUUCUAUACAGAUUUGGAUUAUUAUUUAAGAAGAAUGAUAUGAAAGCAUUAGAUGAACAAUUUUUCCGAUUAGCACUAAAUACUUCGCCACAACAACGUUGUUGUAUGAAUACUCCAAAACAGCAACAAAAUGAAAUAAUGUCAUUACCAACGCCGCGAUCGAUUACUACGGAUAAAAACAUUAAUCAAAGUACAAAGUUAUUUAACGAUGACCUUAGUUCAAUUAUUCAAUCACCACCACCUUCAAGGAUGUCGACACCAAAAUCCGAUAUGUCACUGUCUUUAUAUUUGAGUGAUACAGAUUUAAUCGAUAACAAAACAAGUUUUAAUCAAACGAAUGAAUUAGACAGUUUAAAUUUAAAAAGUCAUUCAUCAUCACAAUGUACAAAUAAUCUUUCAACAAAUCAAUUUCUACUUAUUGAUGGUAUGACGGCAACAUCAACGUCCGUUCAAUCCAUUUGUAUAAUCCCAUCGAUAAAACCGUACUUUUAUUCUCAUGAGUACAUUCCUCGUUUCGGCAUUCAGUUGAUACGUCAAUUUAGACAUUACGAUCCGUUAUCGACAUUAUUUUAUCAAAAAUUUCAUGAAACAUUUCUCAAUAAUUCACUUUAUGAUUAUUCUGUCUAUGGUAAAUUGAAGAUGGUCAUAUCGUUCGGUUAUAUUUAUUGUUUAAAACAACAAGAAAAUUUGUCUGAAUUACCGACAAAUGUAGCAUCAUUAACAGAACAGCAUUUCUUAUCCUAUUUAAUCGAUACAUUUUUACCGUCAACAGUAAUUACGCAAAUAAAUACUCAUGGAGAAAAAUGUCUUCAACAAAUAUUUUAUCAACCAAAUCAUAGAAUUCAACGACAGUAUGUUGUUUCAAAAAUGAAUUCAUUGUUCUUGAGAUUAUCAUGGUUUGAUAUGCAAUUAAAAGUGCAAACAAACGAAAUUCACGUGUUAUGUUUGAAUCGAUGUAAUGAAAUCUUACUGAUAUUCACAAGAGAUGGCAAGCUCAAAAAUAUUUUCCAAAAACCGAUGUUAUGGUUUAAAUGUUUUCAUUAUAAACAAACAAAUAAUAAUGAUUUUGAUUUAUUGUAUGAAUUACGUUCAUUUAUUGACAAUGAUGAAGACGUAUUUCAAUCAAUAUUUGAUUGGGAUAAAUCACAAUUAAUGACACCAACAGAUCCUAGAACAUUACCAUUUAGAAAUAACUCUGAUAUUACUCCAAUAUUAUCCAUGAGAGUUAUUACCAGUAUAUUUGAAUAUGGUCUUUAUGAAGUACAUUCAAUUCAUCGCAAAGAAUUAUUCUAUUUAAAUGAUGAUUAUUACAAAAUGAAAUGUUCAAGAGGUUAUUUUAAUUGUCCAACUGAGUUAAUUGAAGUACAUGUAAAUAUGCACAAAUUUCAAGAAAUGACAAGUGAUGAUGAUGAUGAUGAUGAUACAAAACAACAAUUGAAUAAAGUUUGGGCAAUUGGACAAGAAAUUAGUCACUUUUUCGAUGAAGUUGUUAGCAAUAUGUGA